GGGAUUUUCUGUGAAAGCCGCAUGUCACACCACACAGUCAUCAUGCAUAAGCCAACAAAAGAUGAUAUUUAUGCAUACGCUCUCUCCAAGACUCUGACCAAAGUCUCAUCACCUGCGACUGUGGGACUCUACUCUGAAUGUCAGAAUCGCAUUAACAUGAUCCUCAGACAAAUGGAAGUGAACAUGAAGCGGGAGACUCUGAGGAUCGAGCAGGAGCACACAAAGAAACCGAAGCCUCGCCCGGUUCCCGCUUCAGUCACCUGCUUUUUUGCUCUGAUCGGCCGAAUGCUCUUCUACAGACCCAUUUGGACCGUGCGGAACCAGCAGCACCACAACAUCAGGUUCAUUUAUGUACAUUUCAGUGCCUGGCAUUUUGCAGGCAGCGACCUGCUGUGGGCCGGGAUUGCCAUGCGACUGCUGAACGCCAUGCAGAUGAGCUUUGGGAAAUUACAGCUUGUGCUGUACCGAGUCGGUCAACAUGAUGAAGAGUUGGAAGUCCAGAAGAAGAUAGUGGAGGAUGGUCCCAGAGACUGGAGGUCCAAAAAGAUCUGCUGUUGCCCUCUGUGGUCUCUCUGCCUGUUCAUCCUCUUAGUACCAAUGGUAGUCCUGGUGGUCAUGUUGACUUUUGGAGCUACCAAACCCGAGCUGGAACCAGGCCAGGGGGGGAAUUCAACAGCUAGCAAGGUGGGCGUGCUGGAGGGUCUGUUCAUCGCUGCUUUAGGACUCCCGGCAGCAAGCGCAUUUAGGUUUAUCUUCCAGAUGGGGAAGAACCUGAUCUUCAGUGAGGAUAUGAACCUCAGGAGUGGGAUGGAUAACGAGAAGAUCAGUAGCCAGCUAGGCUUCAUGAGUGAAGUGAGGAAGGAAAUGUGGUUUCUGACUCGCUUCCUACAGUUUAUGGAAGUGUUUGAGAGGAGGAGGAUCCGAGUGGUGCUGAAGAUCACUAAUCUGGAUCGAUGUGCCCCAAAGAAAAUCGUUGCAGUUUUAGAUGCAAUCAACAUCCUUCUCUCUGAAGAGGAGAGUCCUUUCAUUUCCAUUCUGGCAGUCAACCCUGAGGUUCUCGUGCAGAAGGUGAACUUUGCAGACGGUGUUUUCAGCAAAGAGGACAGAGCUUACGCGCUGCUGAACUGCAUCGUGACUCUGGCCUUCACGGUGCCUCCGCUGAGCGAUGAUUCAAAACACAGUUUGUUUAACAGCCUGACCAGAGACUCAACAGAGGACGGACUCAGAACCAGGAGCCUGAGAAACAAAUCCUCCUCUGAUGUCUCUUUGGUGGAGAUAGUUCUGGCUAACAAAGAGUCAAAGCCGCUGAUUGAUAAAACUACAGCAGCCGUGGACGUCAACGAGGAGGAGGUGGAGAAGUUAGUGAGGGGCAUCCUGAGCAACAAUGAGAGGAAGCUGGACCGGUACAUGGUGGAUGACGCCAUGUCCAUGAGGAGGGUGAUCAACGCCAUCCGAGUCACCGUGAUCAUCAUGAAGGCCUUGAAGAAAGAGCUUCCUCAACCAGAGCACAUCGCAGCGUGGGUGGUCUUAGCCAACGAGUGGCCCUGCCGCCUCAGCUGGAUCAUCCAGUGUCAGGAAGACGCUCAGCAGAGAGCAGGUAUCGAUGGUGAGAAGGAGGCCAACGCUGACGAGUCAAAGACCUUGUGGGAAGUCUUCAGUGAGUCCAGAGCGGAGCUCUACGUAAUGAGCACACAGAUCGAAGACCUCCUCGAUCAAGACGGAGACCCUGAGAUGUUUGAACGGUUUCUCAAAGUGGAUUUCAAAUUCACCGUGAAGGACCUGAAGUCCUUUGAGGAGGCGACUGUGAACCUGGAUCACUCCGUCAGGAAGGAGCUGGCUCAGAUCAGAGGCACAUCCAGGCUGAAAGACUCUGGCUGGAUGAGAGACCUCGCUCCUCUUCCAAUCACAACCGUCAUCAAAAUGAAAACAGAGGACGUUUGUGAAGAGUUGAAGAGGUUGGAAUACCCUGAUAAGUAUAAUGAUAUUGUGAGGAGCAAUAACCUCAGUGGUUCGGCUCUGGUCUUUGGUGACGCUGCUGACCUUAAGAGCAUCCUGAACAUGACACUUGGGGAAUGGGCAACAUUCAGGCUGCACUUCCUUCCACACUUACCGUCUCACCUCCGACCGGCACACAGGAAAACAUCGGCAACUCUUCCUCGUCCUCAGAACCAGCUGUCCAGAUUAUAUGCUGCCAAUCAUCACUCCUCGAACACAUAGACGGUGGUCAGUCUAUGCUCUUACCUCAGUGUAGAGAACCAUUUCAGUUUAUAUUUUUAAUAUUUUUAAUGUUUGUGUUAGCACCCUGUUCUUUAUUACACUGAAACAAACGUAAAGGUGUUAUGUGAAAGGGUUUAUUAUAAACAAUAGUCUUAUAUUUUUAUGUAAAUGUGUGAUAGAGGAAAAAGGAAGAUGAGAAGCUGUGAAAUGUUGUUUCCUUUAACAACAUAAAGACCAAAAGCUGUGAUAUCUAGCUCUCUAACUCUAUCUUUGUUUCAAGUGUUUCAUCACUUAUUGAGGCUGUAGCACCGUGCAUGUGCUCCUCAUGCACAAAGCUGCAGGUGUGUGUUUUGCAUGCUCUAUAUUGAUUGUAGCGACAUUUUUUUAUGUUUUCUUUAAUUGUAAGUUUUACUGUAACUCUAAUCAGGAAUCAGGAAUCCAUUACAUGUGUGCUUAUGCUAUAAAUCCUGAAUGUAUGAUGCAUGUUUUCCUUUCAGCAGCCACAUUA